AUGUCGGCCUCAAGAUUCUGCCCUCCAAGAAAAUCUCGCCAUGACUGGAUUGGACCCCCAGAUAAACAUUCCAACCUCCGCCCCGUUCACUUCUACAUCCCUGAACACGAAUCAUCAUUGGAACGAAAGCUCAGGGAGCUGAGACAAGAAACGCAAGCAUGGAACCAGCAGUUCUGGGCGAACCAGAACUUGACUUUCAGUAAGGUGAAUGAGAAGGAGGACUUCAUCCACUCCAGACUGCAAGCCCGAGGCCUGGGCCUGGGUACCGAAUCAGGUUCAAAAGCAGCACUGAGUGCAGAAGAUAUGGCUGACUUUUACAAGGAAUUUUUAAGCAAAAACUUUCAGAAGCACAUGUGUUACAACAGAGACUGGUACAGGCGUAAUUUUGCCAUCACCUUCACCAUGGGCAGGGUGGCCCUGGAGAGGAUUUGGAACAAGCUGAGACAGAAGCUGAAGCAGAUGAGCCAUUAGCCCACCCUGGCCCUGAUGUGACCCUGCAGAUGACCAGGUCACCUA